AUGGCCAUGGCCAUGUCUGCUAAACCAACGAUGUCGACGUUUGUUAAUGAAGACCUCUUGACCGAAAUAUUUGUCCGUUUGCCUUCCAAAUCACUUGCUCGAUUCAAGUCGGUUUCCAAGGGCUGGCUGUCUCUCAUCUCAUCUCCAUCCUUAAAUAUUCUCCGCAGACGACGACGCCAGGGCUUGCUGAUUCAAAGCUUCACAUAUUAUUCUGACACUCGUAGUUAUUUCCCAAUCAAUUUCAUUCCUCUUCCCAUCAUGAACAACAUUAACAAUAAUGUGAAUGAUGAUGAUGAUUAUCCAGAUCUGUCAUUCUUCCGUAAACUCUAUGCAAUCCAUUUAAUGACUUCAUCCAACGGCCUCCUAUUUUGUGUCAGUUUCUACAAGCCCUACCAGAAAGAGUCGAUUGAUUGUCACGUCAUAAAUCCCACCACCAGGCAAUUCCUCACCGUUAGAAAACCAAACCUAUCUCACUUCUGUAUUGUUGGACUUGGUCUAAUAUUCGACCCAUCUAAAUCUAUUCACUACAAACUGGUUUGUCUUUGGAAAACCUAUAUUGAUUUUCAGGUGGAGAUUUACUCAUCCGAGACCAAAUCCUGGAAGGCACUACUACAUUGUAAGUCCCCCAUUACAUAUGAUAAUUAUUAUCAGAAAUUGUAUCCUGGGGUUUACUGGAACCAUGCAAUCAUCUGGUUCCGCGAAGGGGGUGAUUGUCUCAUCUUCGAUAUCGAAAAGGAGAAGAUGAGAACCCUUCCGCAGCCAAACAGGGAGUGGGGUCUUAAGUUCUGCUUUGGCGAAUCAGGAGGACAUCUUUACUCGGUUGAAUGGUCUCGGAGGUCGUCCACCAAAGCCUUUCGGGUAUAUGAAAUGAAGGAGGAUUGCUCAGGUUGGCUCCUCACCAAGUAUAGCGGUAACCUAUCUGAUCAUAUCGAAGAAGAAGAGUCUGUGUUUCGUGUAUUGAGCUUGGUUUGGACCAACGACGUCGACGACAAACCCUAUCUCGUUUUGGAUUUACCAUUUCAUAUCGUAAGUUUCAAUCUCGAGGAUACAAAGAUGAUUGAGAUUUCUGGUGUUCAACCGGCUUACUUUAAAGAAUCUAAUCGCUUUAGAAAGUCUGUAAACGUAUAUCAAUAUGUUGAGUGUCACUCCAGUGUUUCACCGCUCUGA